UUAUGUGUAUUCCAAACCUUCUUCAUCCGCUCUCCUCCAAAACGCAAUCGGCUUCCUCGACUUUGGUCCGGCGGAGGGAAAAUGAAGAGGGCAGAUCGCGACCUUCCUCCCAAAUCCUUUUCUUGAUCCUCUUUUGUUUUUCUCAAUCCUUCUCAAUGCAUGUUCAUCCAGUUUCUCUAAAGAUGUCAUGUUCUUGAAACAAUUGUUCUGUCAGGAUGUGGAAGAUGGCCUCGAAUGCCAUUGCUGGCAUUCGAUCCAAGAAAAACUCAGCUGUUUCGAAGCAAGUUUUCUGGGAGUGCUCGGAUGACGACGAGGUAUGCUCAGAAGGUAGUAGAGAUGAAGAACUGGAAUGCCCGAUAUGCUGGGAAUCCUUUAACAUUGUGGAGAACAUACCUUAUGUCUUAUGGUGUGGUCAUUCACUAUGCAAAAACUGUGUAUUAGGCCUUCAAGGGUGUGUGUUGAAAGUAGCAUCGUGUCAAAUCCGAGUCCCGAUCUUCAUCUUCUGUCCUUGGUGCCAUCAGCUGUCGCUAAGGGUCGUGUACAAGGGGAACCUGAAGUUCCCCAGCAAGAACUUCAUUCUUCUUUGGAUGGUUGAGAGCUUCAAUUGUAAUGAGGGAAAACUCGAACAUUCCUUCAAUGGGGAUAAUCAACCAGUUUUUUCUCGGACUUCAGAAACCGAUACAGCGUCUGCGAGGCUACCUGGAAUAGGGAGGCAGCGAUGGCGGUUGUUUCUCCAUAAACACUUGGAUUACGCCGUCCAUUUAAUCUUCAAGUUUCUACUGGUUGUCAUAUUUGUUGUGAUUGUCAUUUUUGUAAUCCCUGGAAGUGCACUCAUCUUGCUGCUAUACCUGCUAAUCACUCUACUGUUUGCAUUGCCAUCUUUGUUCAUAUUUUACCUUGCACUCCAUGCUCUGGAAAAGCUUAUGAGUGAUAUAACUUCAUGAAAUGUCUUGUUUAACAUCUUUUUGUGUACUGCUUUUCUUAAUUCUUCUGACUUUGAACAACCAACCAAUCUGGAGUUCUAUAUUUUGAAGAUCUUUGGUUGGUUUGAUUGAAUGAAGCUUUGGGCCCAA